AUGAACUAUUAUACCCACAAUACAUUACCUUAUUCGAAAUUUGUUCGCAGACAGUCUUUUUACAGUCAAAGAUUUCCUUAUCCUUUUUCACAGCAGGUGCCUCAAUACAGGAAUUAUCCUGUGUAUUCUUCAAUACAAGAUCAAUCACAAUUUCAUGAUUAUAAUCAUCAAAAUCAAUCACUUAUUGCAACUUUAAAGGCGUUCACUCCUCCAUGUGAAUCAUCAAUGGUUGGUCAGCAUCUAUCAAGUAUGCCACGAACAAAUUUCAAUCGUCGUUCACGGAACAAUUCUUCUAAUUCUACAAGUUCAACACGUAUACAUGAUCGUGAAACAUGUUUUAUCACAUACGGAGAUCAUAAUUCAUAUGGAGCACAUUUAAAUGGUUCAAAACAUAAGAAAAACAUAGCUAUUUCUCAAAACCAACCGACGUAUCAGAAUGAAUGUCGAUGUGAAUUAUGUAAUAUAAAUUGUACAAGUUCGAGUGCUUACGAAGCACAUUUAAAUGGAGCUAAACAUAAUAAAGCUAUAAAAUUACAUCGUAAAUUAAGUAAAACAAACCUGGACAAUGUUAAUCAACAGUUAGUUCCUAUUAAUAAAUCACAACCAGUAAUGAUUAAUGAAGUUAAACAAUCAAAUGGAAAUAGUACAAAACUGAUCGGUAUUGAAUAUAUUGAAACAUCAUAUGAUGAUGCAAAUAAUCCAAGAUCUUAUUAUUGUAAAUUAUGUGAUUGCAUAUUUAAUGAGUGUAAUACAAGAGAUGCACAUUUAAAAGGAAAACGUCACUUACUUUCUUAUCAAAAGAAAGUUAAUCCAAAUAUUCAAGUUGAUAAUAAUAGUAAUAGUAACUCAUCAAAUCCACAACAAUAUGCAAAUGAAAUUAUAAAAAAUACGAAUGAUCGGCAAGUAACUAGUAUCAAUGAACUAGAUAUGGAUGAUGACACGAAAUAUUUAAUGAAAUUACAUGAACAAAUAAUACCAACGCAGAACUUACUCGAUAUAAUCGAACAAUUCGUCAGUACUGUUGAAGCAGCAGUUAAAUCUUGCUCAAAUCAAAUCGGUUUUGUGCAAACGUCAACAACAAAUGAUACUUUAGGAACAGUGAUUAGCAAAUCUCCGUUGGUAGGUUUAUCUCGUAUUGGUGCACUUGUGAAAAAUCUAUUGAUAAAAAGUGAUCGUUUAUUCCACAUCGUUGUUAUUUGUACAGAAUGGCCAACAAUGAAUCUCUUUGAGAAAAUCUUUUCUACACUACUCGAUAAUUUUCAAGAAACAUGGAAAAAUCAAAUAAAUAUUCUAUGUCAAAAAGACGAUGAAAUUAUUCGAGUAUACACAAAUACUAUUGAAGGACCAAUGUCUGUUUCCAUUUCAUUUACUUCGUUAUCUAUUCAAAAACAACAAAAUCCUCAAACAUCUGAACAACUUUUAUCGAGAAAAAAUUGUUUAAAAGCUUUAUCUGCAAUAAAUUCAUUUCAAUGGUUUCAGAGUCAUAUUAGUACUGAAAAACAUGCACCAGCAUUAAUCCGCUGCUUACGUUAUAAAACAAAAGUCUUAGUCAAGUGGAAAUCGUUACCAUCGGAAGUCAUUGAAAUUCUUGUCGCACAUGCUUUAUCGAAAUCUGUAUCAACUGUUGGCGUAUUUCGACGAGUUCUUGAAUAUCUAUCCAGUGGUUUAGUUUUAUGUGAUGGACCGGGUUUACGUAUGCCCUGGCAAACAGAUGAAAUAAACAAUAUUUUUGAUAAGCUGACUAAUCAAGAACGAAAUAAUAUUACUCAUGAAGCUCAAAAUGGUUUACGCUUCAUGAUAUUUGGAAAAUUAAAUAAAUGGCUUGAACAAUAUGAUGUACCAAAAAUGACAAAAUCAUUUCAAAAGCGAUCAUGUUCUGAUUAUGACAAUCAAAUGUCAGCUAAACGACAAUGUAUCGAAUCGGAGAAUAUCAAGAAAUAA